GCGGUUAUUCUUACUUCAGUUUCUACUCUUAUGUGAACUAAAAUAGUCAAAUGUGUUCACGUGUCUAUUUUUACUCAUUCAUUCAGUCGCAUUUGUAUAUGUAUGGUGUGUUUAUAUGAAUGCGUUUCUGUUCAAAGUGUACUUGUUACACUUUUCACUUGUAUCCGAGUUUAACUACCAUGCCAAUCUAAGCGAACUUAUUUACGCGUAACAUGUUACCCUAACGAAGCUUUCCUAACACAAUUAUGUAAAAUCAGAGGGUAACUGGAAAAGAGCCAUAAAUGAUCUGAAGCAGAGCAGAAGGGGCCAUAGAAUGAGCACUAGUUCCAUGACCACGACCACUCUCCCUUCUCCCCCCAGUCUCAGUCAUGACUCCUCCACCCCCCUGCUGGCCAUUGGACUGUCCAGGUGUCUGUCCAGCAGAAGAGGAGGAAGAGGGGGCGUUCCAGUGAGGAGGAAGACACAGAUUUUCAAGUACCUUACCAUGGGGUUGACAUUCAUGACAUACAUGUGUUACCAUCUGACGCGCAAGGUGGUCAGUGUCGUCACUCCUGUGCUCAAAAACGGCAGCAGCAGUACAGGAUCAGAAGAGGGGGAGGGGGAGAAAGGAUGGGCACCAUUCGACAACCCCGACACCCAGGGCAGUCUGAUCGCCAUUCUGGACAGUGGCUUUCUGUUCGCUUAUGCUCUGGGCAUGUUCGUAAGUGGCCACAUUGCAGAGAGGGUUGACUUGAGAUACUUCCUCACUAUUGGAAUGACACUCAGCGCACUCUUCACUGCCAUGUUCGGUCUGGGCUACUUCCUCCACAUUCAUCAUCUCGCAUUCUUCCUCUCCAGUCAGAUUCUGAAUGGACUGGUGCAGAGUAGUGGCUGGCCUGCUGUGGUGCCCCUGAUGGGAAACUGGUUUGGCUUCGGCAGCAGGGGUCUCAUCCUCGGAGUGUGGAACUGCCACACCUCCGUAGGGAACAUACUCGGCUCACUGAUAGCAGGCGUGUGGGUGGACAGAGAGUGGGGGCUCUCUUUCAUAGUGCCUUCUAUUAUCAUGCUGUGUUGUGCUGUUGUGGUCUUCCUCUCCCUCACCCCCUACCCAGAGAUGGUACACUGUACCAACCCAAACCACACGAACCCAACUGCAUUCCAGGGACGAACAACGGUGGGUGGGGCAAGCGUGGACACAUCAGCAACUGAGGUGGGGGUGGGGUUGGGAUUGGGCAGUGAUGACGAGGACCAAGCAGGGGGGCAGUAUUACGAUGAGGAUGGGUUCAACAACAGCACUGAUGAUGACAGGGCCCCCAUGGUAGACUACGGGGGCACGGGGGGCAGGAGGGAGGGGAGUGAGUCGACGGGUGGAGGGGAUGACCCGAAGACUGAGAGUCAGAAGGCGAAGCCGGCAAUUGGCAUCCGCAAAGCACUCACCGUGCCGGGAGUGGUGGAGUAUGGGAUGUGUCUGUUCUUCAACAAAUUGGUCAACUACUCGUUCCUGUUCUGGCUGCCGAACUACAUCCAGAACACACAGUCAGUGUCCAGCCAGACAGCGGCCAACCUGUCCACUGCAUUCGACAUGGGGGGCAUAGUGGGGGGCAUCCUCAUGGGCGUCACCUCUGAUGCACUGCAGGAGAGGUCCCUGGUCACAGCCCUGUCCAUUAUCCUUGCUCUGCCUUGUAUGUUGCUGUACAAUGAGUUCGGAACGGACAAUGUCUAUGGCAUCCCCCUCCUAGUCCUCUCUGGCAUGACUGUGAAUGGACCCUACGCACUCAUCACCACCGCCAUCAGUGCCGACCUAGGAACUCAUGAGAUGUUGCGCAAGGACGCCCGAGCAUUAGCGACUGUCACUUCCAUCAUAGACGGGAUGGGGAGUCUGGGGGCGGGGAUAGGGGUGAUAGUGUGCUUCGAACUGCCCUACGAAGACGUGUUCUACUUCCUAGUCUGUUCCAACCUAGUCGCCCUCCUGUUCCUCAGCCGACUCCUCGUCAAGUCUGCCAGUCAUUACAAACACAAGUGGAGGUCAACAAGGGCCACCCAAUGGACACAGGAGCAGGAGCAGUGAAAUCAGUUCACACACAACUGAACAGAUUAAGACAGGCUCUUCUCCAAUCAUUCCCUCUUAGUUUGACACUGCAGACAUAUAAUCUCCUGCUUCAUUUGGAAUUAGUUUUGUGUUAUAAAUUAGAUAUAAACAUGUCAAGUAGGUUCUAGUGAACAGAUUUGAUCACUAUUUUUUAAAUUCAAAUAGCGGUAUUGACAGUUGUUCACGCAUUUACAUGCGGUCAUUUUACAAGAGGCGUGAUAGUUAUGGAAAAAGGCCGUCGUUUUAAUUCUAAAGCUGAAAUUUUUAAUUAGAUUUAAUUUUAUUGAGACUGUUCGUGGCUUUACGAUAACUUUUAAAGGUAAAAAUGUUUAUUUAUGUUUUG